CAUGAGCCACAGGCAGGUUCAUUUGGUCUUUGAUGGGAAAAUCCAUUCGGUGAGAAGGAAUGUAAUACCAGCCGAACUCGAGGGUUGUAUUCCCUCACUCUUUAAGGACUAUUCUCUGACGGGCGGGACGAUAAAGUGGACCUGAAGAGACAACCUUGGCAACAGUGCAUCACGUGUGUGAAACAACUCAGCGAAUUGAAUCUCCUUCAGCGAAUUGUGUUGAAAACUCGACUCAAAGCACGUGCUUGGAGUUCCUCAAUGCGCGAGCCAGACAUCGUUUGAUUUAAUUGAACGAUUUCAAGUCUAGAGGACGAGGACCUGUACACCCGCGAAAGUGAACCUGGCGUGUUCCUGACGCCUGCUUCACAACAACAGCCACCUCACUGCUGAGAUGAGGAGUGGAUUACCACAUUCUGAGCAGCAGUGACUGAGACAAGACUUUGGACCAUUGCUGCGGAUCACACAUGUUUGUGGGGACCCAAAGGGUUGUGGGGACACAAGAGGUUGUGGGGACAGGGGAGACUGCUGGGACCCUUUGAGGACCCGCCACCAUGAUCGACCUGAGUUACCUGACCGAGGAGGAGCAGGGGGCCAUCAUGACCGUCCUGAAGAGGGACGCAGAGCUGAAGAAAGCUGAGGAGGAGCGCAUCAAGCAGCUGCAGUUCGUGCCGACGGAGGAGAGCCAGCUCAAGUACAUGACGGGGGAGUGGUUCUACGCCGUGAAGUCCCAGCGGCACCAGGACCGCAUCCACGGCUCCGAGAUCAUCUGGGCCUCGAUGAGGCAGAAGAAACCAGAUUUCACCCGUAGUAUGGAGAAGCCCAGGCGUAGCAGUGGGGUGGAUGAUGUCAUAGCCACACCCAGACCUCCUCCCCAGCAGCCAGUGGAGACUCAGGAGCAGAAGGACAGGAGAAGCGAGAGUCUGACGUCAGAAGCUCAACAGGAAACCCUGAGGCUGGCUCUGCGCUCGCCCAAGCUGAGGCAUAACCCAUUUAACAAUUUGCAAGUGGAGAUUGACACAGAAAGGCCUUCCCCUCAGCUGCCCAACGGAACCCAGGGUUCUAGCGAAACACACAAGCAAGAGAUCCCCCCUUCACAGACGGCUCAGAGAGAACUGCUCGGCGAGGCCAAAGCUGAGGAACCUGUGGCACCGGUGAAGCGGCCGGCCCCGGUUCCGAGGAAGAGAACCAAGCUGCCCAGAACCCAGAGCUCACGCACAGACAGCAGCGGGUCAGGGGUCACGACCUCUACGACCUCUACGACCCGUGGCAUCCUGAAGCAGGCCUCCAGCUGCAGCUCCGUGGACUCCCACCAGAGGAGCGAACCAUCGGGGGCGGAGGCCGCGCAGGAGAGUGAGCCUGUGGAGGUGAAGGCUGCUGUGGAGGGGAGAAAGGAGGAGGAAGAGGAGGUGGAGGAGGAUACGCACAUGGAGAGGAGAGAGGAGGGGAAACGGCACUUUGUACCAGUGCCAGCUGAGGAUAUUCCAGAGAAAAGACAGAAAUCUGAGGAGAUGACCCAGCAGCACACAGCCACCUCAAGGUCAGAUGGAGGUCACCAGAGAGAGACCACCUCAAGGUCAGAUGAAGGCCACCAGAGAGAGACCACCUCAAGGUCAGAUGGAGGUCACCUGAGAGAGACCACCUCAAGGUCAGAUGAAGGCCACCAAAGAGAGACCCCGCCUCAGACAAGCCGGUCCAAACAUGAUGCAGGCCGAAGCCUGGGCCUCUCAGUGUUUACGUGCCCAGAAGAGUCUGGGGGUAAAGCACAGCAGCUCUUCUCACCAGCAGGCUCCAGGAGCACCAGGCCAGCAUGGCCACCCACCUCAGAUCAGCCGCUCCGAGAGAAGGUUGCCCCCCAGAACACACCGCACAGGUGGAGAGACUCCAGCGCUGAGAGGACACCGCUGAGAAGACAUGACCCAGACAUCCGAGCAAAGGACACUAACACAGACUCUCCCAAGGCUGCAGAAGAUACGUUGCAUGAAUCAAAGAGGAGUUUCCUCCCACCUGCGUUGGAUGUGGUGGAAAAGCCAGCGGAUAUCGAAAGAUCCAAAUCUCCAGUUGCACCAGUAGCCGCCUCACAGCCCUCUAAACUCACGGAGGAGGAGGGGAACUCCAUCGCCAAGGUGCUGGAGUGGUUUAACCGGAGCACCGACAGCAGCAACCGACAGGACACCGACUCGGUGCAGGACCUGGAGGAGACCAAGGACGACAUCACAGACUCAGAAGAGGAGGCCAAACCGACGGUGAGCAAGCCGUCAGGAAACGUUUACGCCAUCAUCCCCCGACAGGAGAAGCCCAAGGAGAAGAAGAAGCUGUUCCCGGACGAUGUCUGCUUGGGGGAGGAGCAGAGCGUGGACCUCUCAGAUGAGGCUCCUGAGCCAAGCGACUCUGAGAUAGAAGGCCCCACCAUCACCGUCCGCCCGUUUCAACCUGGCCAAAGCAGGGACUCCACCCACCAGCUCCACCCUCCAGUGCGCGCUGUGGUCAAACCAGAGACGAGCUCCCAACCCCACCAGUCCAGCCAAUCACCUCUCCAAACAGAGGCCACCUUCAAACCACAACGCUCAGUCAGGUCACCAGUCCAAACAGAAGCCACCUUCCAAUCACAACGCUCCAUCCAGUCACCUGUCCAAACAGAAGCCACCUUCCAAUCACAAUGCUCAGUCCAGUCACCUGUCCAAACAGAAGCCACCUUCCAAUCACAACGCUACAUCCAGUCACCUGUCCAAACAGAAGCCACCUUCCAAUCACAACGCUCCGUCCAGUCACCUGUCCAAACAGAAGCCACCUUCCAAUCACAACGCUCCGUCCAGUCACCUGUCCAAACAGAAGCCACCUUCCAAUCACAACGCCACAUCCAAUCCCCACUUCAAACCGAAAGAACAAUGGUAACGAACAGAACAACGAACCAAUCCAAACAUCCUAUCCGCUCUGCAGUUAAAACAGAAAUAAAUUACCAGCCUCGACGUGCAGCCAACUCCACACCCAACAAAGAAAUGACUGUCCAGACUGUCCCCCCUCCUGUCCAGACCCACCCUCCUGUCCACUCAGUGCGCAAAACAGAUACAGUCUUCAAAGCCGAACAACACAGACCUGACACACAGAGACAGGGUCCUGCCAGACUGGAGGAUGUUCGUGUCCUGAGGGGGGAGGCAGAAGCUGGAGGUAGCACUCGUCAGGACCCAGGAGUAGAAGCUGGAGGUGGCAUUCGUCAGGACCCAAGAGGAGAAGCUGUAGGUAACACUCGCCAGGACCCAAGAGUCUCUCAGCAGCAAGACCGCCAGACGUCGGGCCAAGAUGAGAAGCCGAAAAUUGCCAACCUGAAGUCUUUCUGGGAGAGAGGGAACAGUGGCCCAAAGAUACUGAUCAGCAGAACAAACUUAAACACUGAAAAGAAAAGCAAGCCUGAUCGACAGCUGGACAUCGGACAAGCUGUCAGGGAACAAGUUGAAGAACCACAGAAGUCUGUCCAGAAUUUUGAAAUUAGGUCUAUGAGUACCUCUUUAAAACCACGCAAUGAGGAGAAAUCACAUAGGAAACAGGCCGUAGAAUUAAGGGCACAAGAACAAGACGUAGAGGACACUUUGAUAAAACAAAAGUAUAUGAAUGUAGAGGUUGAGGACGAGAAUGUUCCAGAAAGUGCAUCUUCUACCCAAGGGAGCGAGAUGUUCGAGGUGAGCAGUCGCGUUGAGAAAGAUGUUACCUCCUCAGAGGUGAAAUCACCCCCAUUUUCUCUCAGUACCAGUCGAUUCGCGAAAAAGGUGAGUGAAGAGGCCAUGAAGUACCCCCGUACUGCCAGCGAGCCUCCUGUUCCCUUAACCCGAUCAGCACCGGCUCCAAAAGCUGAAGAUGGAGAGGAAGAGACACCACCUGAAUCUAGAUCUCUGUCAAGGACAAGCACCCCGGUUCUUCCCUCAAGUCCAGUGCUACCAGCCAAGCAGAAUACCCAGCAUUUAGAGAACAGGAGACAGAGGUUAAGGAAGCUCAAGUCCUUCUGGGAGAGUGAAGUAAGUGGACCCAAAUUCUCAUCCUCCCCUCCCUCCACUCUAAAUAAGAGGUUCACGAAGUCUGCGUUUGACCUCAGGUCUACAGGCCUCGGUUCCAAUGAUGAUUUCGAUGAUGAUUCAGGAGAACACAGUUUUUCUAUUCUCACCUUGAAGGACAAAAGUGAGAAGCCCUCACCAGGAGACACCAACUUCAAGAGUCUUAAAAACUUCUGGGCAGGAUCUCCUUCAGUGCAAGCCAGACCAAAGUCCCCAACAUCCGAGUACAGACUCGACAGGUCCAAAAGCCCCCCAGCGAAGCUUCACGAGACAGCUGGAGCUCCACAGUCUGACUGCACUCCGCAGGGGAGGUCCCAGCCCAAUCCAACCUACUCCUCCAGAGGGACAGAUGAGGUGUUGGAGAAGGCCUGCGGGAGGUCCAGGGAGGAGAGCUGGCACAGCAAAGCCUCGUCAGCUAACCGGGAGAAGGAGCACCCGUCCUCCCCCUCCCUGAAGACCAGGCACAGAGGCAAGGAUGAGGGUGGGACAGGAAAAGACAGCCGGAGGGGCUCAGUGGACAGCAGAGCAGGGAGGUCCAACCACAGAGCCACCGGUGCAGAACCGGAGCAGCGCAAGGCAGUUCCUCACCAGUCUCGCAGGAACUCAGAGCAGGUGUCCCUCAGCAGUGCCCUGGCCUUGAAGAACCGCUCAGGCCAGCCUUGCAGAACUAGCACGGGGAACCUGAACGAGAGAGCCGGCGGUUUGCGUAAAGCCACCAGCAUGUACUCCUUGGCCUUCAGGGAGGACCAGGACCAGACUCCCCCCGAACCGCCCAAGAAGAGCCAGGAGUUCAGCCCUGCGAAGGGGAAGAAGAUGCAGGAGUUUGGUCUGAGCUUCUCGAAGAAGGUGCCAGAGGUGGGGAAGAGCAGAGAGAGGGUGAACGAGAGGAGGCCGUCACGGACGUCCGAGGACCCUGAGUGGCAGCAGCCCCUGGCACGCUCCUUCAUCCCACGGGACUUCCAGCACUACCUGGGCAUCCCCGAGAGGACGGGCACUGCUCCCGCCCCAGAGCCGAGGGACGAGGUGUGCACCUCCUUCUCUGCGACGUCCCAGCCAGACUGCGAAUGGAGCCAUGGGGGCGGGCCUGUCCGGUCCAGUACGCCCGUAGGACCAGAAGAGGUGGGUGGGAGGAGGGGCAGCCUAGGGCCACGCCCGUCUUACGGUGUACGGGCCAAUGACGAAUUCAGUCAGGAGUCGCCUAGGAGCAGUGCUUCAGAGAGCUGGACCUCCUCACGGAAAAACUCCAAGUGCGACGAGGAGGAGGAGGAGGAGGAGGAGGAGGAUGGCCCGGUCCAGAGAGCCUUGAGGCGGGCGGCGGCGAGGCCUGCCUUCACCAAGAGCCUGGAGGACAUCACCGCAGUAAGAGGGCCGGAGAAAGAGAGUGAGAAGGCCAGCAUCUUCAUGCACAGCAGUGGCGAUGCCUCCCCCGGUGCCUCCACCCUGGCCUCGUCCUUCGCAGACACAGACCACCUGAGGAAGAUGAGCAAAUCUGUUCCCUCGUUCCUGGGGGAGGAUGCUGAAGAUGACAGUGACUCCUCAGUGGUCAGCAGCCAGAGUGGCACGGCUCACAGGGCGGGCGUCGCCCUCACUAACUUCAGCGGCUCCUCUGGCAUGGCGUCUGUGUCGUCUGUGAGUGGGAGUGUCAUGAGUGUGUGUAGUGGUGACUUUGGUGGGGUUGAAGUCCAGGGGACCAUCCAGUUCACACUCAACUACGUCCAGAAGCUGAAGGAGUUCCACAUCUUCGUGGUGCAGUGCAAAAACCUGGCAGGGGUUGAUCCCAAGAAGAGCCGCUCUGAUCCGUAUGUGAAGAGUUAUCUCAUUCCUGACAAAGCCGGCUUGGGCAAACGUAAGACUUCUGUGAAGAAGAGAACGAUUAACCCUUUGUUCAACGAGAUUCUUCGGUAUCGGGUCCGCAUGGACUACCUGAAGAGCCAGGUUCUCAACCUGUCUGUGUGGCACCACGACACGUUUGGAAAGAACAGCUUUCUAGGAGAGGUGGAGAUGGACCUCUCCGUGUGGGACUUCAGGAACACUCAGAUGAACUACAUGUCCCUCAAAGCCCGGACGACGUCCAGCACCCAGCCCACUGAGUACAGGGGGGAGAUGAAACUGGCCGUCCGCUACCUUCCUCAGAUGUCCUACUCCAAGACGCCUUCCAACUCUGGUGAAGUUCACAUCUGGGUGAAAGAAUGCAAGAAUCUCCCACUUGUCCGAGGAGCAACCAUCGACCCCUACGUGAAAUGUUUUAUGCUGCCGGACACGAGCAGGAAGAGCCGCCAGAAGACACGAGUGCUGAAGCGCACAGACUGUCCCGUGUUCAACCACACCAUGGUGUACGACGGCUUCCAGCCAGAGGACCUGAGAGAAGCCUGCGUGGAGCUCACUGUCUGGGACCGAGACCGGCUGGCCAGUCACCUCCUGGGAGGCCUGAGGCUCGGACUUGGCACUGGAAAGAGCUACAGUACGCUGGUCGACUGGAUGGACUCUACUGCCCAGGAGGUGGCGCUGUGGGAGAGGAUGAUGGAUUCCCCAACUGAGUGGGUGGAGGAUGUGAUGCCCCUCAGAGUUCUGAUGACCCAUGCAAACAAAUAAAUAAAAAAACAAAGGACUAAUGCCUGGGCUACACUCACCUAUGUAACGACACCGCACACACAGUAAUCAGACCUGCAUUACGCUGCAGUUUAAUUCAAGCUCUGCCUGCUAAAACACUUUCUAAUGUUUCAGAUAUGAUACAACCGCAUCAGCUAAUGUUUCAGAUAUGAUACAACCGCAUCAGCUAAUGUUUCAGAUAUGAUACAACCGCAUCGGCUAAUGUUUCAGAUAUGAUACUACCACAUCGGCUAAUGUUUCAGAUAUGACACAACCACAUCGGCUAAUGUUUCAGAUAUGAUACAACCACAUUGGCUAAUGUUUCAGAUAUGAGACUACCCCAUCGGCUAAUGUUUCAGAUAUGAUACAACCACAUCGGCUAAUGUUUCAGAUAUGAUACUACCACAUCGGCUGCAUGCUUAACAAUGCCUCUGCAUGCAUGUCUUUGAGAACUGGUCUUUAACAGUGCCUCUGGAAGCAUGUGACUGUGCGCUGAAAACUGGUCAUUGAGUUUUGAAGAUUAAAAGAUGCAAACGGG